AUGACUGUGCCCGCGCUUUCAUCUGACCUCGAGAAAAACUCAUCUGUGCAAAUGGAUGAUGUGGCUGCCUCCGAGAGAGACAUGAAAACCUCUACGCCAAUCACCUCCGGCGACUACAGUGGGGCGGUAGCGAAAAGUGACCCGGAAGAGAUUGCUUUGGUCCGCAAAUUAGACUAUCGGAUCAUGCCAGCUCUGUUCUGCUUGUACUUUCUGAACAAGUUGGAUCAGAAUGCCAUCGCAAAUGCAAGGCUCAAUGGACUGGAGAAGGACCUAGGGUUGGAGGCUACACAGUACAAUACUUGCAUAUCCAUCCUCUACGUCGGAUAUUUAUUUGCUCAAAUCCCUUCAAAUAUGUUGAUGUCUUCAAAGAAAGUUCGCCCCUCAUUAUACAUGGCCAUUUGCGCAAUCGUUUGGGGCUGUGUCGCAUCUCUGACAGCACUCGUGAAGAAUUACGUAGGGCUAGUUCUCGUUCGGUUCUUCCUAGGAUUCGUGGAAGCGCCCUUCUAUCCAGGGGCAUUGUACAUCUUGUCCCUGUUCUAUACCCGCAAAGAGAUCGCUACGCGUGUGUCGAUCCUUUACGCCGGGAACAUCUUCGCGGUGUCUUUCGCUGGGCUCAUUGCUGCCGCUGUCUUUUCUACCUUGGACGACAAGCAUGGGAUGCAUGGAUGGCAAUGGCUCUUUAUCAUCGAAGGCGUACUCACGAUAGGCGUGGCAAUCAUCUGCAUCUUCCUACUCCCAGACGAGCCCCUCACCACGCGUUGGUUAUCACCUGCCGAACGCCAGCUCGCGCAUGACCGCAUGCAGAGGGAUACAGUUGGCUUGGAACAGAGCAAGGGAGCGCGCGCCGGCUUCAUGCAAGCAUUUCGUGAUCCCAGACUCUAUCUGUUUGUAUUCAUGCAGAACAUGCACUUGAGCGCAACAUCGUUCAAUCAGUUCUUUCCCACAGUCGUAUCGUCGCUUGGAUUUAGCACCACAAUAACGCUUGUGCUCACCGCUCCUCCUUCGCUAGUUGCAGGUGUUGUAGGCAUCGCAAUCGGUAUCUCAUCAGGCAAAUUCAAUGACCGCACUUGGCACAUCUCAGCGAUGAUGGGGCUCGCGACGGUAGGUUUCGUGAUCAGCGCAGUGACGCUCAACGUAGCCGCACGUUACGUCUCGUGCUUUCUCUUCGCCUCUGGCGUGUAUUCGGUGAACUCCGUGAUUCUUGGCUGGGUGUCCGGCACCCUUGGUCAGACGCCCGAGAAAAAGGCCGUGUCACUCUCCGUGGUCAAUAUGGUGUCCAUGGCUAGUUUCAUCUACACGCCGUACCUGUACCCAAAGAGUGAUGGGCCUAACCGCCGCCUUCCUUUCUUAGAUGAGCGAGACUCCAGUUCACUUUCGACAAGAACCUCUUACGACUUCUACGUUGCACCACUGUUCAGCAGUGCUGUUCUUGCAUGGCAUUCGAUCGUAAACAUGGCACAAUCCAACGGCACGUCCACUAUACCAAUCAUUGACUUUAGCGCCUUCGUAAACGGUGUAAAGGAAGAGCAAGAGCGUGUCGCACACCAAAUCGAUGCCGCAUUUAGGGAGGUGGGAUUUGUAUACCUCAAAAAUCACGGAGUUCCUAAGGAGAAAGUGGAGGAGUGCUUCUCGUGGUCAAAGAAGUUCUUCGCACUGCCAAUGGAAACGAAAAUGCUAGCACCACAUCCACCGUCCGGUGCUCAUCACCGCGGCUAUUCGUCACCAGGCCUAGAGAAAGUUACGCAGCACCAGUACGAGAAGGGCGAGAUCGCAAAGUCGAGAGAGGUCCCUGACUACAAAGAGUCUUACGAAUCUGGUAAUGUCAAUGACGAGGCGCAGCCCAACAUCUGGCUCCCCGAAGACAAACUCCCCGGCUUUAGGACGUUCAUGGAGUCGUACUUUGAUAACUGCGCCACCUUGAUACACAGGAUCCUCGAUGCACUUAGCAUAGCGCUAUCAGUCCCGUCUCCAGGCCUCUCACCUACACACUCUAAGUCGCUUUUCCAGCUGCGUCUGCUGCACUACCCAUCUAUUGAGGCAGAAGAGCUCAAGAACGACAAACGCAGUCGAAUAAAUGCACAUUCAGAUUUUGGCACGUUGACCCUUUUAUUUCAGGACGAUGUUGGAGGCCUCGAAGUCGAAGAUCCCAAACGUCCGGGAAACUUCAGUCGCGCCGGCCCGAUCGAGGGUGCGGUGUUAGUCAACGUAGGAGACUUGAUGAUGCGCUGGUCGAACGAUAGGUGGCGGUCAACGGUGCACCGCGUGGGACUCCCGCCCCCAAAGACGUUGGCUAUUCCGGGCCCAGGCGUGAAUACCGAAGGUCAGCGCAAUGGCGAGAAGGUAGUCAUUUUGGAAGAUGCGAUGGGAGCAGUCGUCCCAGACAGGUAUAGUAUCCCGUUCUUUGCGACAGCGGAUAUGGAUACCGUGAUUGAGGCCUUGCCGGGUACGUGGGGCAAGGACAAGCCAAAGAAGUAUGAGCCUGUCACCGCCUGGGGAUACGUGCAAAAGAGGAUGGCAAUGACGUAUGAAGAGUAG